UUAGCUUUCAAAAUAGCUUCCUUAUUGCAAACGCAUAAUUACUUUGUUCGUAGAUUUUAGAAUAGCGGAUAGAUUUCUUCAUUUCAGUUGUUGAGUCAACACAACAGCUGAAGUUUAAUCGCUGUUUACGUUUGGCUGCGAAACCUCGGCGGUGCCUUUUGCGUGGCUGAGCAAAUGCGUCCUCCUGUCCAUCAGCAUAUAGCCGUGGACGUUGGAGAGCUGCGUGACUGGCACGCAGGGUGACAAUGGCGCACCGAGAUAAGUGCACCACUGAUCACGAGCAACAGUUUGACAACUCUUCAACGGUCUUGGAGAAAAUUGCUGGCUUGUAUGCAGAGCGUCUCCUCAGUGAUAUUACCUUGGAAGUUGGUGGAAAGCAGUACGCUGCACACCGGCUGAUCCUGUGUGCUUCCAGUGAUGUUUUUCAGGUUAUGCUGAUGGACCCCAAAUGGAGCUCCAGCAGGACAUCGCACAUUGAGCUGAAGGAGGAACCCCUCUGUGAAAAUGUUUUUGGCGACUUCCUUGGUUACCUAUACACCGGCCGUAUGCGUGUUGACCAUUUGCGUGUGCUGCCAUUGGUGGCCCUGGCCGACAAAUAUAAUGUCAAGGACCUCAUGCGCCUCUGCAUCAGCUACAUGGCUCACCACAUCGUGUCUGCUGCCUACCACAACCAGCUGGUCUCCUGGUACCGGUACACACUAAACUGUGGUUCUACUGCGGUACACAAAGCAUUUAGCAACUUUAUUGCCUGGAAUUUUGAGCUUGUAGCUAACACAGAAGACUUUGGAAACAUUGAGCUGGAUGUCCUUACCUCCUUCCUGCGUAGAUCGGAUUUAGUCAUUGCUAGCGAGUUUCAGCUGUUCAACUAUGCUGCCCGGUGGCUGUCCCUGCAGGAACCAUGGCCACAGUGCGCUCGGCCUGGCAACGAGGAAGCAUUUGGGCAGCUGGUGAGCCAGGUAAUGGCACAUGUGCGGUUCCCCAUGCUGACACUUGAUGAACUGGACGGGCUGCUCUCGCACCCUCUGGUGGUCCGCUUCCAAAGCAUCUUCUUUGACCGUCUGGUGAUAGCCCUGGACUUCCAGACACGAGCACGUACAAAUGGGUUUUGGCGUCAGUGGCCCGAACUGAUGGUGCCUCGCAUUUACACGUCAGACACGUGGUCAGCCUCUUUGUGCAUUGACAACUACCCCUGCCGGACUAGAUUUGGUGUGCAUACACUAAUCUUUAUGACACCUGGCAGCCUGUCGGGGGCCUUGGCGGACAAGCUACUCGAAUGGACUGUUGAUGUGUACCCUAAGGGGGUGCUGUUCCACCGGUUCCUACUGAUUGCACUGCGUGAGACACUAGAAGGGCCAGAAUCACAGACCAAGACUGUGCGGCUGUCACUUACUUCAAGUCGUUUCAACGAGGACACAACAGUGGUGGUGAGCAUUUUGGUGAGUGGAAUGCAGGAUGGUGUGGAGCAUGUGCGCACAGUAGUGCAGCGCGAGCAUACAUUCACCCAGGAGUCACGCAUGCUCAAUCUGGACGACCUGGUGCCCUAUGCGGAGCUCAACGAUGUGCCCCGUGGUGCCUCACCCUUCCUUGUGGGGCCCCAUUGUGACCUCUUCCGUUUGCGCAUCUCCAUCACACCCUUGUGCCGUAAGAGCUAGGCAUGCAGGGCUAUACUUCGGAUUGUUGGUCUUUGUGCCUUUCUCAGACAUCUGGCCUCUCGUUCUGGACUUGCAGUUGUGGCCACUGUAUUAGUGGCAUUUAGCAGGGUGGUGUACCUGCUGCUCUAGGUGUGCUCAAUUAACUGAAGACCAAUGGUGAAUAUGUUACAUUUAAUAUCGUCAAGGUCAGUGACAUUUGGGCCAAGCUCGUUAAGCGCACCAAUGGUAUUCAUGCAUGGGGCUGAAUAUUGUAGUUCGUGUUGGUGGUUGUAAUUGUUAUGUGAGACAUAAUCAUGGUCAGGUUAUAUGGCUAACAUGCCAAAAGUAUAUAUUCAAUUUGUUUGCUGCAGCAAAGUUUUAAACACCUAGGUUUGUUUGCAACUGUGUUUGCAUCAUCAAGGUAGCACUUAGCAGUGUGUUGUGCACUUUUUUAAUUUUGGCUGUUAGAUGCUUUCCUGCAGUGAAUAUAGUAGUUGACUCAUAACAAAUUAUGCUUGUUAUAUUGUUUACCAUUAUUGAAUUUAGAAUGUUCAUCUUUCCUAAUGAAUUGCUCUUAUUUGCACCUUGGAGGUGCCUUCACAAGGACAAAAAUGUAGUCACAAGUAGAUGUAACUUGUCUCACAUUGCAGUCGAGCCCAUUUAUAUGACGAACCUGGAUAUUUGAAUUAUUGCCUAUAUUGAACAGUGAGAAUAUGCCCUUGAAAAGACUAUGUCGAUGUAUGGGUGCACAGUGGGCCUACAUUGAAACUCCUGCGACCGAUACAUACGAUAUAUUUUACUGCAUGCAGCACUGUGGCCUAUGAAGGGCAAAUUGGUGUGAGCAGUACUGUUAGGCAGGUGUUGUCAUUGGUGACUCACUGCAAUAGACGCAUUGCUGAGACACUCGAAACUUGGUGGAAAGUCCAUUCGGCAUUCAGAUCCGAUUGCUUCUAUUAAUGGGAUGCACGGUGACUGGCCAUGAUCUGUUUACUUAAAUAUGUUAUAAUGACUUCUUUGUUUCUGUCUAGAUAUCCCCUGAUAAAGCUGUAUUCCCACGACAGACGUGAUCGCGGACGGAUCAGUCACGUGACAUGUGACGUGAUUCGGAUCUCUCCGCUGCCAGCAUUCACACGACAGGGGAGAAUUCACGCUACAAGCGAGUAUUUCGGCAGUGAUCCCCGAGGAUCCCAACUGUGAUUUGGGCCUCCGUCGUUUCACGAAUCGGUCCGCGCGGACCGAAGCGGGAACGCGGGAACGGCUGACGUAGGGUGACGUACGCAAUCCGCAGGCUCGAAUCGCGAUUUCGUCCGUCGUGUGAAUACAGCUUAACCAACAGUAGCUGUGAUGGUUCCACAUGUUUCAUGUGGGCCAUUCAGUGGUAUGCAUUAUGCCAUUUCAUGUGGGCAUAUGUGGUGAGUGCAGAGUGCAUUACAUUCAUAAUAUUCACUCCAGUAAUUUUUGCCCAGUGACUGUGCAAUGGCAUGUAGAACCACAACACUAAUCAAUGUGUAGUUGCAUAGCGCAAAAGGUGUGUAUAAGUUAGCUAAGAACAUUUCUGUAACUGAACACUCAUUUUGUUUGCAUUUCUUAUCAUCCUGAUGCUGCAGUGUGUCAACAUACAACAUAGCAGGAGAUUAUCAGGUAUGAAUUGAAAGUUUUGGUUAAAUCUCAAAUUGAUACAUUUUGUACACUGACUUAUCAUUAUGGGCAGCAUGUGCCACUUGUAAGGGUGCCACAGAAAGCCACCUGUCAAUGGAUUUUUAAGUCUGAGGUGGGAAGAGUGUGGCUGGCUUGCCAAGCACUAAGAACUACAGAUCUACAGGACUGCAAUUUUUGACAAAAAACAUUUUCUGUGUUGACAGCACCCAUAAUAAAUGUCACUUUGCAAGAGGCGGCAUGUUUUCAAUGCGACUGUGAUCCGAUAUGGCGCAGUAGAUAUACGAGCAAAGUUCUUUUCUCCGGACAAGCGUAACAGCACCUAGCUGUUAGUGCAAUCUGUUAGGACACGUAAUUCGGAGGUUGUGGGUUCAUAUCCCACCGAUGGAAUGGAUGAUUUUUCAUCCACUUCAUUUCAUUUUACAUCACAAUUAGUGCACUACAGUUAAAGACAAUUAAUGUCCUCUAUGCUUUCCCUGGCCUAAUUGUCUGUUCGAUUCAUUUGGUUGUGUUGUUCCUGUUGUUUCAUAUACCUUGCAGUUGUCCAGUGCUGACUUGUUUGCAUUAUUUGGUUAAUAUAACAAACUUGCUGUACCCAUGCAACAAAUGGGAGCACCUAAAGCAGUGACAGCAGCCAUCCAUUUACUUCUGAUAUAGAAUGCACGGAAUGAUCACCUUGGCAAAAAAGUGACACUUUGCAAGCCAUUGGUAAUGUAAACUUGCUAAUUCUUACAAAAGUAUGUAAUCUAAUCCAUGGGGCAUGUGCUGUAGCAUGUGCUCUUUCUGUCCCCUCUGGUUCCUUUUAGUCUUUAAAAAGCCCUGCACCACAUUUCCCUCUUAAACUUCAUAUACCAUACCAUUUGUUUCAAUGUUCGUUAUUGGCUUGAACAAUGAUGCUCUGCAGUUAUAGCUUCUUUAAGACACAGUGCAUGACUGAUCAGAAAGGAAGAUCGGGGAAUCAAAUGAAAUGAAACAGGCUCAGAAAUGUGCCUACAGGUGCUUAAUAUAAUGUUCUGGCCCACAGUACCCACUAAACCAGGAAAUCCCAUGGAAUAAAAGAAGAUGCAGGAAGAUGCUGUGAACAUGGACAGCAUGGUCCUCUCCUUGCAAGCGCAUUAGAAUUUAUCUAUGCUGAGUGGUGUAUAUCGCAAGCAUGAUUCAGAGCCAUUUCCUACUGUAAAUAGCUGUGUCCACUGGAAUGCAUAUUUGGGCGCAGUUUUUAUUUUAGCUUCACGCCUUCACUGCUUUCUGAAGAUUGAGAUAUAGUUUUACAGCUGUUGCUUAUUUUAUGUAGGAGCAAGGUGCCAGUUUAAAUUUUGGAUGAUUUCAAGCUUUGAUUGUGGAUCAUGAUAGCAAGCAUGCCUUAAAGGGUCCCUGCAACACUUUUUCAAGUAAUCAUCGAAUGGCUUCAUUAAGAGAGCCUAUUGCCUCACGAAUCAACUGCCGCAAAAAAUUUUUUACAGUCCGUCAAGUACAAGCAGAUUUACAGGAAUUAGUCGCACGCUUCAAGCGCUUUCUCUCUCCUUUCGUACCAGCGAUGGUGCUUAAGGAGGGGAUGACUAGGGGGAUGACAAGGGGCAAGAAGAUGCAUCCACUCGUCAGCAUGCAUCAUGACCUUGAGCACUUUCUUUUUGUUUUCUUCUUCGAACGCACGGCUUACUUUCAGUGUGAUCGCAAGCGCCCGCGGGCACAUGGCGGCAUCCUUCGGUGGCCUCAGUAACUAUGCAGCUCACGAUGCUGAAAUCGGCCAAUGGCCAUAGACUUUGGGUUUAUGGCGCGGUCAUUUGGGUUUAAUGGCAUCAUUUGUUGAGAGAAGAGGGAACGAUUUCUAGCUGACUUUGAGAAUUGAUUGUAAAUUUCAGGCUGUGUGCUGCACUAUAAUGUUUGGCGUGCGUGAUCUCAGGAGCCUCGGCUACCGAUCGGCAGUGUUUUCUGACCAUGCUGAAAAAGUGUUGCAGGGCCUCUUUAAUUCAUGAACAUUUUGACCAUGACCUUAUAAACUGAUUGUGAGUGCAACUGAAUCAUUGCUCACAAAUAAAACAAUAAACAUUAAAGGACCCCUGACACCAAAAUUUCAAACUUGAAAUGUUCGUCUUGUCCCAUUCUCCUGCAUAAAUGGAUGGCUCUGACCGCAUAUUAGUGGCAAACAUAACCUUGAACAUAUUUCAAUAUGGUUUUAAAGCAAGCGCGAGUGCCUAUCUGAUUUGGCAGCACCACUCGACGUCAUCAUCAAUAUGAUGCGUUUUAGUGGCUGCUCGGGCUACCUCCAAGUACUGUUGACAUCACAGACAGAAGUUUGCGGGGUGCACGCAAUACAACUACUGGUGCCUGAUGGUGGCUGUUGUUCCUUGCCUCCUUCGCUCUGUUGUCGGGCUGCUAUAGGUGGUUCUGGCUGCUUAUGCCAGUGGUGUUUUAAGUACUGUAGCAAGGAAUUUUUUUAUGAGGGAGCACACUCUUUGCAGUCCACAGCAAAGAGUGUGCUGGACAGGCAGGUGUCUCGUGUGUUGUUCUGUUGUAGGUGUCUUAUAGCAGACAGAAAUUUUGGCAGGAGAAUGUGCCCAGUGCGUCACACACUAGCUGACACCACAGCACCCAUGUCGUUUCAUUCUUUCUUGCACGCAGUGCCCUAAUUCAAAAAGCAUGUUCUCAAUGUCACCAAAGCUUGAGUGCAUGUUAUCUUAGGGCACUCCGCUGCGGUGAAGUUACGCCAAAAUUGGAUCUAAUUAUUGAUGCUAGCAUUGAUUAUACGAUACUUUAGAGCAUUUACGAUUCACUUUUGUGGUUAUCAGACACAAAGCUACCAAUUAAAAGUCACAAACAAGAAUUUGGCCGUCAGGGGUUCUUUAACAUGUGCACAAGAAGGCAGCAUACAUUAUCUGCAUCACACAGAGGCUGCAGUGUCAUGCCCACCUAUGUUUGUGGGUCCAUGUGCUAGAAGCUCUUGCACUCAUCAGUGGUAGUAUUUGAAACACGCUCGUGACAUUGCUGAUAGUUGUAUAUUCAGCAUGCACACACCAUUAGACACCGCCCAAUUAAAAAUGUAUGAAGAAAAUACAGUAUUGGUAUCUCCCAUCUCUUAUUGACUGCACUACUUUCAGGUGGAGCAAUGGUCACAAGUCUCACCUCCUACACCUGCCACCAUAGUGGCAUAGUGGCAUAGUUGGGGAUUAGGGUAUGUGACCAGGCUUUAAGAGUGUUUAUCAAUCUUUGGUUGAACUCUAUCCUGUCUACAAAAAUCAAGUAGUCAGGCAGUUGACUAUUUGAUUUUUGGAGACAGGCUGGUGACCAGGCUAGUUAUUGUUAAGCAUCGCGAAGCUGGACAAGGGACAGAGAAAAAAUAGCGUGGAUGAAGACAUGGGCUGCUUAACAGCACUUGUAUUGGUUUGUCCCCCAUUUUUCUCCAUCCUUUGUUUAAGGUAUGUGUGGAACUGUCAUGCUGAGCAAAAGGUCUUGGGUUUAACUCCCAGUAGCUUUGUGGCAUUUCAAUGGGGGUAAAAGACAAAAAUGCUUGUGCACUGAGAUUGUGGUGCACAGUAAAAGGCCCCAGCUGGUAAAAAUAAACCUGUAGCCCUCCACCAGUGUUUUUAUGGCCCAAGUGUUGCUUUGGGUCAUAACCACCAUUCCUUAAUUCAUCGAUUUAUUAUUGGCAUGCUGAGUUAUUGUGUGGUUUCCAUUGAGUUCGAUAUAUCUGGGCUCAACUGUAUACAAUGCUUAAUGUCAAAUCGGAUGCUGCUUGGUUAUGAUUAAAUGUGCAGGCCAUUGAAAAGUAUGUGUUCUUAAAAUUUGUUAUUCUGAAUAAUGUGCUUAUUGUGUGCAAAAUAUACAGGCAAACUAUCCUGUGUAUAGUGCACAAUGUAGUCUUGUGCUAAAAUAAUCAGAUCGUACUGAUUACAGCCCAAGUGAUUUUUCAUUCUGGAAUGCCACUGACCAGUGUUGAAUUGUCCCCUUUUUAUAUAUUUUUACUGAUGUGCUAACCUAGGUGCUUAUGACAGGCUUUGUAUUUCAUGUCUAACCUACUAUUGAUUCAGAUGUAAAUUGAAGGUCAUCUGAAAAGGCCUACAUCUCGGGAAAGGCACUGUAAUAUUCAUCUUUAUAGGGAAGUGUUUUGAAAGGCUCAGCCUUUUCUUGCACUCAUUUUUGAAGGGAAAAAAAGAGCAAAUCUGACUAAUACAUCCAUAACAAUCUUUCUUGAGCAGUCUGAAAAGUCUAAUCAAGUAAUCAGAAGCAUUGCAUGCUAGAAGUUUGUUUUUGUUGCAGUUGUUAAUGUACAGGGUCGUCCAGACCUAAGGUGAACACCUUAUUUGUAUUCAAGGCCUCAUAGAAGUUGAUGUUUAAUACAUAAUUCGGAAAAUUAUUGUUUUUGUGGACGCCAUUAUUAUACUACAUAUAGCGCACAUUUCUCUCAUGAAAUAGAAUUAAUGUUCUAGUUUUACCGUCUUGAAUACUAAUGAGGUUUCACCUUAGAUGUGGUCGACACUGUACAUGCUAGCUGUAAAUUGUUAGUUUCUGAUGAACUUAUUGCUAACAAAACCACACGACAUUUGACCUUUAGGCUGGCGACCUCCAUGCAAAAUAUUUUAGAGCAGUAUUUUCUGCCCAUUUUAGGCUUGAUUUUUGUUUCCGGCUUCUAAAGCAUGCAUUGUAAUGAUGCUUGGAUUCAAAGACAUAUUUGCAUAAGGGGGUGGUAUAAUAGAAAUCGUUUUUGUUGGGACUCCUACUCUUGCUUUUAUUUUUAUUGACUUCUAAUAUUCCUCCUACCUUUGGUGAGCCUUCCUCCAUUGGCAGCGUGCAGUUCGGUGUUGGCUGCAGGUGUAUUCUUUUCUUCAAGCUGUGGAAGAACUGUGUGGCCCCACAAAACUUCAGGCGGCAUGUUUUUGGUACCCAUGUUUGCUAGAAAACUGAAGCAAUUUGUCUUGUAGUCUAGUAUUGGUACGUGUUCUUGAUAUGUUCAAAUAUAAAACACACCACAUGCAUCAUGCUGGUGUAGUUAGCUUGUUUUUACAUUUUGGAAUGAAUUUUCUAAAUCUAUGUUUUAACUGUGUGGCAAAAUACUAGGUGCUAUCUGGAGGGCCUUACGUUUUAUCUGGCUAUUGCAACUUACUGUUCUUUUCAUUAUGCACUAAAUUUAGCUGGUUACUUCAAAGAAUGAAACUGCCAGUCUUUUGGGAUCUGUGUGUGUAAACAUUAAAGGGGUCUAUAUUGCUUAAUAUACCUAAUAUUCAAGAAACCAAAUAAUAGGCAAUCAGCUCAUGAAUAAAAAUUUUUGAGCUGCUACUAUUCAAUACAUGUAUUUACAAGUAAUUACACACCCUUGCCUUGUACUGCUAUGCGAAGCUGUAUUUAUUGACAGUAACUAAUAGCUCUAAUUCAUUUUAAAUUCUUAUGCUUGCUGUCCAAGAAGGCUUAGCAUAGUAAUGUGAAAAAGCUGGAGCUUUGGUAUUGGAAUCUGUAGCAGGUUACACUGCCUCUGCAGUGCUGUCUGCUACAGUAGUGGGUGAAGGUUAGCUUGCCACAAAGAGAAAGUGACUCUUGCACACUAAGUUAUGUUUUGUUUACCAUUAUAGAGUACUUUGCAUGGUUUAUGGUUAUUGGCCAGGAAUGAAAAAGCCGAGUAACAUUUGUGUGUAUGUUCACAGCUAUUCAAAUCAGACAGCAUUCUAUGAUAGAUGAUGUGGUGAAGGCAGCUCUUGCUACACUCUUUGCACUCGUGCACUAUGUCUUAACUGCAUUCACUGAAAUGAUGGAUUAUAAUGCAAACUGUGUCCUUCUACUAACUUUGCCCCCCUUCCAGCCCCUACUUUGCCCUGCAUGUGAUUGGGAGCCUGUGAAAAAAUCUACUGCCUUAAACUAGCCUGAAUGGACACAUACAGGUUAAUAAUUUGAUAUUUUCAGGGCACACAGAGCUAAUUUAAUAAUAUACAUUCAAAAGUUAUCUGACACCAGAAUAUAGAAUAAUAAUUGGAGUGUCACUGGUCCUCAUGGUAGCAUUUAUUAGAAAUAAUAUCUUAUUUAAUUUUCUGUCUUAUCAUAACCAUCUUUAGAACUCAAAAAGGGUCUCUACCUCUUUUGCCUUAAUGGUGCCCCAGACAAGUUCAAAUAUUUGAGAUUAAGGAGUGUGGAAUGUAUAGCAUGCAGUUAUGACAUGUGCUGAAUAUUGUGGCACUACAGAUCCUGGCGAUCUUCCAAAGACAAGAGCAUACAUUUUUACCAAUGCUGAUGCUAUUCUGCUGCGUGACUAUGUCUGAAAUUUUAUGUUCCAGUUGUCCAUGCACUGAAUAACCUGUUGUGCCACUACAUAUUUAAAGCAAAAGCUUCUAAGUGCACGCAGAACAAGGACAGAAGAACUAAGAAUUUGACAGGACAGCACUCAGAUUCUUAGUUCUUCUGACCUCGUUUUUCGUGCACUUAGAAGCUUUUGCUUUAAACAUAAAUGUCCACCAACUAGCCCAUCUCGCCAUCUUGUUGUGCCAUUAGAGGGGACAAAUAAAUGUCAACCAAGCAUAUCUGUUAUUUUUUCCAGUAUGUUCUUCAGGUGUGCUCUUUUGCUGCUAUCAGAACCAUUCGAAGAAACGAUGCUGAUAGGGGCAGUUCAUUGUGGCCGUGUUUGAAAGGAGUAACUGCAUGAAACUUUGUGUCCUGCUUUUCUUUAUAGUAUGGGUAGCUGUUGACUCCACAGUUACAGUAUGAAGUCUCUAUUACUUGAGCACUGUAAAUAAUGAAUCGUAAUAUGUUACAUGACAUUAUGUUAUACGACUUGUGCAAAACACCCAUCCAGUGCAAUGCGGUUUCAGAUGUGCAAAAGGCUACUCAUCAUGUCCGCGAAAGCAAAGGCAGUGGUCAUGUGGUAUCAAAAACAACUAGAGAACCCACAUGCCCUAUGUGCUGGUUGAAGGUCAUACAAUGGUCAUGUUGUCAAUAGCUGCCUAAGUGGAUCUUUCAUUUGUUUGUUCCUCUUAGAAGUACAGGGGGCCAUGCUGUUCCGUCUUGUCUGAUUGAGUGCUGGAUGGAUUCAUGUCAUGGCAGCACACCCACGGUGUGCAUGCACAAGUCAGUGAUAUCGGGUGCCAUGAAACUGCAGCAUUAGUUUUAGAUGGAGUGAAUAGUCUCUUUUUACGCAUCGAAAGCUGUGAUGUAAUUAUUUGUUGUACUCUCUGGUGAUUAAGGCUCCAUAGCGUAAUUAUAGGGUUGAUGAGCAUUGGGCACGCGUGUGCAAUGAGGAAAAUAGAAUUCUUUCUUGGCUUAUUGAUUUCAGAGCAGCGAAAUUUCACCGUAAGUUCUCUUCCAAAAAAGUCUGUUGGUGAAAAUUCUCUAAAGGGGUCAUGUCAACUGCAAGUAUAAAAAUCUUUCAAGCUGUGUGUAGCUUGAAUGCCUUUAAUGCUUGCCAAUCCUCUGUAAAUUACAUGAUAAGCAGAAAAUUGAAAAUCAAUUGCCAGAGCAUGUAGCUGCCAUGCCAUGCACAUAGCAGAUCAAGUGCCCAUCACUGAUAAGGUUGUUUAGCCUCACUUUCAGGCAAAUAUGAAUGUCCACAAGCUCACUUGCUACAUGCUUGUUUAAUGGGGAGGUGUAAACACCCAUGUCACUCAUGGGUGUCUGUUAACAUGUUUAGAUUUUUUGUGUAGAAUUGGCCAGAAUUCAAUACUCUGUAGAAAUUACUAGUGUUUUCAUGCCUGUAACCAAUUAUGAACUAAUGUGAUGAUAGUCUUCAAGUUGUGCAUUAAAAGCAAUCAUUCAACCUUGCCAGUUAAAGAGUUAAUGAGUUUAAAAUUCUUAGAGUGCAGCUCUCAGGCUCCAGUUCCUACGUUGAGCGUCGGCAUGCCUCGUCCCUGAGUGAACAAGCAGAGUGAAAGAUGAAAGGGUGAGGAGGAAAGCAAUGCUGCAUGAUACUACAAUAUGGUGCUGUAGUAUUUGUAACCUGAUUGUGCGCGUGCCACAAAUUGUGUAGUACUUUCUCGAAGCCACGCAAUUACUAUGGAAUCUUCAAUGAGUCAUGUAUAAAAACAGAUGCGCUUGACCCGCAGAUCAGCUUUUCGCUAGAUUUUUCUGAACAAUGAGCGAUGCGAAAUGUUGUCUGUAACUGCACAUAUAUACAUGUCUCUCUCAAAUUCUUUGCCUCAAUAUAUUGCAAAAUGAAAACACGCAUACAGCUGCAUUCUUUCGCAUUAUGGAGUAUUGUAAUCAUCAGCAAUUUUUAAAAUUUCUUGUCUAAAUAUUAGCCCAAAUCAUCUUACAUUUUAUGCCUUUUUUGGUAAAAGCAAGCUGAUGCCUAAUUGUUUUACCCUCUGCUUACACCUUUCUAUUUUAAAGGGGUGCUGGACCACGUGGGCUUGAUGAGAAAACACCUGCGAAUACAACACAGUGUGAACAUCUCACCCAAAUUUUGUAGUUGUGCAUAGCACAGGGAGUUCACAAGCAGAAUGGGAGGUUAAAACAUCCUCCUUUUAAACAAAGUGAUGGGGCAGCCACCACUGCCCAUUUUUUGACAUCAUCAAGCAGAUUCCCAGCAAGAGCUCCCAUUGGCCUUGAGAGAUUUUGUCUCAAGGCAGUAUGUUUUGGUCAGUGCGCUUCUUCCUACGUUUUCUGUGUAUAUUUAUUGAUGAAGAUAACCAAACAGGCUGUAGCACUUGAACCUGCAUUUUGAAUUUUGAUAAUAAUCGCUCAUUUUUUAGAGAAACCAAAUACAGCCUGCCAACGUUCGACUGCACCUGCCAGAUAAAAAUGAAAUGAGUGCUGUAGGCAGGGCAGUGCAUUUUUUUGUAAUGGAUAUAGUCUAGUACGGAUGGGAAAAUGGACUAUAGCACUCACAGUACCACCACUUGUAUUGAAUCUGCUUAAAAACCUUUUUCGGUGAUAUAUUUUUUUAGAGGAAAUUUACUGAUUCCAUAGCUUCUUUAAGGCUUCCAUAAAAGGUGGUUCAGGGUCCCUUUAAAGGACUUGAAAUGCAUUUUAUUAGACACCCUGUGCGUUGCAGCUAUCUAACUUGGAAAGGUAUACUUCGAAGUUUAAGCUACUUUUAAUCAUGAGAUUGGGGCAGCUUUCUUCGACACAGUUCAAGGACCAAGUCCUUGAGGAGUCUUAUUGUCGUUGUCAAAAUGACUCUUACACAAGCUGAAGUACUGAAUUAAUGUUGUAGGCCUCGUAGCAAUGUCUCUAGUCCAUUACAACCUCAGAAUAAAUACAGGCUCUGCCCACAGCCAUUGUCGUCCCUCGCAAAAAGAAUUUGUACAGAUGCUUCAUCCAGUAAAGUUCGCUUAUUUUUGGGACGUCAAAUGCUUCUGUGUGUGUUUAGGAUAGUCAAAAAUUUGUAGCUGGUUUUUGGUUACUAUCUUCAACGUCCCAACAAAUUUUAUCCGAGAUUCUGAGAUCGGUACUUGGCCAAAAGUAGCAUUUUAAUCAGAAAAGACAAACUUUUAUUUUAUAAUGUGCCUAGUGUUUACGUAAGCAGAAAGAGCAUGCUUGCACUUUGAACAAAAACCAGCUGAUACCAUGCUCUUACAGAGGUGGACAAAUGUGCCGCAUUUUUGUGGGUGGGGCUUAUAUUUAUCCUUAGGUUUUAACCGACUAUAGUAUGUUUAUAAAGUAGUAUGCUUACACCAACUUAAAAUAUAUAAUAGGGUGACAUGGAGGGUAUAUUGAAAAGUUGAAUUACGAUGAUAUCCUUUAGAAAAUGAACUAUAAUGCGAUAUAUUGUAGUGGAGUGUAACAUGGCUAUGUCAACACUUUAUUUUAUUGCCACUGGAAGUAUGAGAACAGACUAAAUAAACCUAAAAGAACGAUUUUGCCUAUCUUUUAUGGCUAUUACUUAUGGAAAUGACUUUAGGACCCCCACUGAUAAUGCUUACCAUUUUAAAGUUUUGUUAAGAAGUUCCAAGUUAAUAGGAACUAAUAAAAAAUUGCACCAAAGAUACCCACGGAUAUGGUUGGCACCUUGUAGAAUAUUUUAAGUGCAAAUUUUAAAAAAAAGUUGUCAGGAAUGUGAACAUGCAUGAUUCAAGGUUCCUCAAGGUCUGGUUUGUCAAAAAUGUGGAUAUUCCAGUGUCUUGUACAGUUGUGAGAUACAUGCUUAUGUGGCCACUGCAAGCAAGUGCCACGCCAUGGCUUGCCUGUGCUGCAUGUCACUCUCCUUACUGAGCAGUAGGAAAUUGAUGAAUUUGAGCGAUGGUUUUUCUUGACAAGCUGGGAAGCUUCUGCAGAUCAAAAUUUCAGCUGUAGAUGCAGUCAGACGUAGCCAGAGGGUGUCAGUGUUCCUAAAGUGAAUGCCACAAAAUGUGUUCUUUGACGUCUCUAACUGCUGAAUUCUGCAGAACAGCAGCGCUAAGUACUUGGCUGAUUGUAUUGGAUCUCCUGAUUUUCAUCUCCAUCUGCUAUGCUUCAUUACUGAUGCCUCAAAUGGGCUCUGGAUAUACCACUGUUUUAAUUGUGCUCUUGUAAUGCUUGCAACAAACAUUUACGUUCUCGUUAGUUGAUGUUGUUUGUUAUGGUUUCUGGAGUACAUGUUCUUGUAUAAGGUAAUGUGCUAGUUUUAACUCGGGAAGGGCAUGGUGUCAGCCAUAACCUGAUCCUCUGCAGGAAUUUGUGCAUACAGGGAAUGAUUAUGCACUGGUACUGAGAUAAAGUAGUAACCACCACAGAGCCACAUCCGCACUGUAGAAGCAUGAGAUGCAGGAAUACACGUAUGUGGCUGACUGAAAGUAGAAAGCACUGCUAGUGGAUGAUGAUGUACGUAGUAGGUGAAAUGCAGAUCUGGGCACACCAAAUUUGAAUUCAGGAGAAAGGCCACUGCUUAAAGGGCAGGGGGUGGGGGUAGGAAGUGAGAGUAAUUUGUUAUGUAUGCACAUUUAAAUUAUUCUCCUGGGCUUGACAAUAGUUUCAGAGGUCCUUUGAUAUGAAAUUCACUCACAAAAGUCAAGGUGUAAAGGUUUGCCUAAAGUACAUUUUCUUUCUUUUUUUUUUUAACACCAGUUUGUCGUGCUGUGGUUUCUUCUGUAAGAUUGAUGCAGUUGUGAGUUGAAAUAGCACAUUUAAUACUUGGGUGGUGCAGAAAGUAAUAGGUUUUUCUUUUUUCACAGUUUCACCAGGUGUGAUAUUGAAAGAGUAAUGUUUCAUCUUAAAAAGGAUCCCUUAUUUUUCUUUUCUUGUAGGCCUAAUUUUUUGCCUUUACCUCUUCUCUUCUCUUUUUGUUUUUGUUUUUUAGCACCCGGAAAUGUGAAAAUUUCUUUCCUGAAGAACUCAGUUCGUACCUUCUGAAGUUAGUGAUAUCGGCUGCUUGGAUUACUCUAAUGUCUGUCAUAGGGACUUGUACAAUACAAAUUUAACCGUAUUUAGGUAUGAAUUUGCUUCAUCACAGCUGUAGUGUGGGCAUAAAUGAAGUUUCACUGUUCCACCUUUUUCAAGGAUAAGGGAGUGGUUUGAGGUUGUGUAUUGUCAAACUCCAACGUGACUUUCCGUCCAGCAUAUGCAUCACGUGAUGCAUAACACUGCUAAAUAUAAUGAGCUAUUUCUGUUCAGCACAGACUUCAGGGAAUCAAACAAUAAAAUUGAGUGCCCUGCAUGACUAUGCCUACGCAGUACCUCCUCCCUUUCAUAGCACUGGUCUGAUUGCCGCUGAAAUUUUUCUUCUGUCUUCUACAGCUGCCAGUUUUAAAUUUACCUGACUGUUUUCUUUUUAAGAAAUAUAAUGACAUCAUACUGAUAACAUGUUAUGGACAGAUCUUGU